CAUUUCUCUAUUUCCACACAACCAAAUCUAAUCUACUCUCCUUGUUUCAGCCAAGUAGUGAAUUACAGCAGCAGAAGGAGGAGAAUCCAUAGCCAUGGACUCCUCUAAGCUCUCGGCUCUCUUUAUUAUCUGCAUGCUCUUCAUCUCCUCAGCCACUCCCAUACUCGGCUGUGGCUACUGCGGCAAGCCCCCUCCCAAGCACAAGAAGAAGCCCAAGGUGAAACCUCCCGUCGUCAACCCACCAGUCACCGUCCCUCCCAUUGUCAAACCACCCAUCACAGUGCCUCCGAUCACCGUCCCUCCCAUUGUUAAACCACCCAUCACGGUGCCUCCGGUGACCGUCCCUCCCAUUGUUAAACCACCCAUUACAUUACCUCCCGUCACCGUCCCUCCCAUUGUGAAACCACCCGUAAUUCUGCCUCCGGUGACCGUCCCACCUAUCCUGAACCCACCGGUGACCACCCCACCCACCGUAAAACCAUGCCCACCACCUCCAUCUCCCAAGCAGCCGGACACAUGCCCUGCUGACUCCCUCAAGCUCGGAGCUUGUGUAGAUCUUCUCGGCGGGUUGGUGCAUAUCGGUCUCGGAGACCCAGUUGUGAAUAAGUGCUGUCCAUUGCUUCAAGGACUCGUUGAGCUCGAAGCUGCAGUCUGCUUGUGCACUACUCUGAAGAUCAAGCUCCUCAACCUCAACAUCUACCUCCCACUUGCUCUUCAGCUCCUCGUUACUUGUGGGAAGACACCUCCUCCUGGUUACACCUGCACACUCUAGGUCCAAGGUCCUUAGAUUGAUGAAUGCAUGGAAGGAAUCGACAUGAGAGGAUGUCGAGCCAAUCUUUCUUUCUUUCACUUUUCAUCUUCUCUUUAUUUUUUGUAGUUCCCUCCUCGAUUGGUACCACUGAUGUAUGGUUCUUAUUGUACACAUUUGUUCUCAUGCAAUUGUUGUAUGUGUGUUUGGUCUCAGGGAUGCUUUUUCUCCUUCUCCUUAAUUCCAUUUCUAGUCUCUAA